AUGGUGGGCCCAUCGACUGUUCCCAGGAGACAUGCUUUCCCCGUCUUGAACGACCAAUUCUUCGUCGACGAAGAUUAUGAAUUCGUCAAAGAAUUGGGCCAAGGUGCUUACGGUAUUGUCUGCUCGGCAAAGAAUACAAAAACUGGGAAAAGUGUGGCAAUCAAAAAAGUGACUAAGAUUUUCACUAAAAAGAUCUUGACUAAACGGGCUUUAAGAGAACUCAAGUUAUUACAUCAUUUCCGAGGCCACAAGAAUAUCACGUGUCUGUACGACAUGGAUAUCGUCAACUUUGAUUCGUUCAACGAAGUCUAUCUAUAUGAAGAAUUGAUGGAAGCCGAUUUACAUGCAAUUAUUCGAUCGGGCCAACCAUUGACAGAUGCCCAUUUCCAAUCGUUCAUCUACCAAACGCUAUGUGGCCUAAAAUAUAUCCAUUCGGCCUCAGUUCUACAUCGAGAUUUAAAGCCAGGAAACCUACUAGUGAAUGCGGAUUGUGAAUUGAAGAUCUGUGAUUUCGGCUUAGCCCGAGGCUUCGAGACCGACCCGGCUUUGGCACAAGCCACCAACCAAGGAUUCAUGACCGAAUAUGUGGCCACGCGAUGGUAUCGAGCUCCUGAAAUCAUGCUCAGUUUCCAAAACUAUACUACUGCCAUCGAUAUGUGGUCUGUUGGUUGUAUCUUGGCAGAAUUGUUGGGCGGAAGACCGAUCUUCAAGGGGAGAGAUUAUGUGGAUCAACUGAACCAGAUUCUCAACUAUCUGGGUACCCCGUCAGAAACGACCCUUCGAAGGGUAGGAUCACCCCGAGCCCAAGAUUAUAUCCGAUCAUUACCCUAUAAACAGGGAGUAUCAUUUGCAGAGCUCUAUCCGGGGGCGAACCCCGAAGGCCUAGACCUCUUAAGCAAGCUGUUAGCCUUCGACCCAUCGGAGCGGAUCACCUGUAACCAAGCGCUCCGUCAUCCGUAUCUGAAAGUCUGGCAUGAUCCGGAGGACGAGAUCGAUAUCAAGGAGAAGUUCGACUUCAGCUUCGAGUCCGAGGAUUCGACCGAAGGCAUGAAACAGUUGAUCAUCAAUGAGGUCGUCAGUUUCCGCCAAUCCGUCAGACCUAACCAUUCUCUUCAACCUGCUCAUUCCUCCGGAGUUGCCGCAAAUGCUACGGCCACCCCCUCCGACUCCGCUCCUGCUCCUUCGUCGGUCAAUGCUCCUGUUGGCCAGACUGGAGCUGCUGAAUCUAGUCCUGCUAGUCAAUCCAAAUCCUCCGGAUCAGACGGCCAUAAAGCAUUACCGAUUCCGUCGCGAGAAGUCGUGAUGAGUUCGCCGACAAACAGUGUCGUAGGUGGGACCAGUGGAGCGACCACCUCGACGACGACGACCGUAGCUAGCAGUGUGACGAUGAAUGCCCAAGACGACGGGCCGCUCAUUCAUAGCCCCGUCGACGACCAUCCGGCCCAGGACUUGGACGCCGAACUCGUCGCGCGUGACUUCUGACUUCCUUCUCCCGAUCGUCGACCCGCUAUCGUCCCCUAGUAAUCUCUCUUACCCUCUCAAAUUGGAAUCGAUAUCAUUUUUUUUUUUUUUUGGCGUUUCUUUGUUCACUUAAAUAGACUAAUUUUCUUUUCUUUUUUUUUUUUUUCUUUGGGUGUGUGUAUUUCUUUCAUCUCCUUUCAUAGCACUUUACUUGUUUUGUUUUGCUUUCUCCUGAUCCAUUUUGUUUUCAGUUCCUCUUAAAAAUAAAUUCUUCUCUCUCUCUCUCUCCAUCUCCAAUAUACACCCUGCACCCUAUAACACACGAUGAACAAAAAAAAAAGUGUACACAUUCCCAUGCC